AUGUAUCGCGACCACAAGCUGGAUAAUGUGGUGGUGGAUGACAAUGGGCUGGUGCGCCUCAUCGACCUGGGGUGCUGCAAGGUGGUGGGAGAACCGUGGAAGCUCGAAGACCUGGAAGCGUGGGUCCAGGGAUUCCGGCCGACGGAGGUGCUGUUGAGGUUCGAGCCCCCUCAGCUCGAGUACGGCGUCAAGGCCGACAUCAGCGCCCUGGGCCAGCUGUUGUUUCGGACCGCAUACGGCCGCUCGCCGUUUCAGAGGGUGGUCAACGGGGAGGCGGUGGACGUGGCCGACGACGCUGAGGCCUUGCGGGAGAUGAUAGAGGUGUAUGGCCCGCCCACACCGCACGGAGGGAUGUGGCCCGCGGGCGCACUCCAUCAGGCGGAAGAGGUCCUGCCGGGGCAGGUCGGUGGCCAGGUCAAGACGGAGCAGGAGGUCAAGGCCGAGCUGGCGGCGCGCAUGACGGCGCUGCGACCGCAGCUCAACAUCACGCCGGAGGAGCUUGACUUCUUCUACAA